UUACCCCUUUCCCACUACCAAGUACCGGCCGACGUCUUCAAAUGGCAUUGAGGCACAAGCGCGCAUUGCAAGUUCGGGGCUGUCACACAUUGCUUGCUUACUCAGAUAUAUCGCUCGUUUCAUCACUGUCUGCUGUCUGCCGUUAUCUUCAAACAAACCUUCCGCGCGUCAAACGAUAGUUGUCGACUGUCCAAUUCAGGCUGUCGACAGGCUUAUUCACUCAGUUCGACUCGAGCCCUCCAAGUAUGAAACGGGUGUUCAACAAGAAGCUACUUCUGUGCGUGCUGUUUUCGGUUGUGAGCGUUUUGGGUGUCAUCACGCUGUACAGUUCCAGCUGGGAGAUAUCGAUUUUUCAGCAGGAACUUAUAGCGGAACAAGCGAACUAUGACGCGACCAGAGUCGAACCGUGGACCAAUGGUUCGGCACAAUCCACGGAGGAUUUUGUCUAUGUUUCACCCACAUUGGAUCCACGGAUAGCUGCCCCUCCGGGUGAUAUGGGAGUGGCCGUCACUGUUGGUCGAAAUAAUUCUGAGAUAGCUGCACUUAUCAAGCGCGGUUAUGACACCCAAGGGCUCAAUCAGUACCUCUCCGACUUGAUGUCGGUUCGGAGGAGACUACCGGAUGUGCGGGAUAACUGGUGCAAGGAACCGGGUCGGUUCCGGAGCGAUCUGCCCAAGACUUCGAUUGUGAUUGUGUUUUAUAAUGAGGCGUGGUCGGUGCUAGUGCGAACUGUUCAUUCGAUUCUGGAUCGAACCCCUCCCAAACUCGUGAAGGAGAUUAUUUUGGUGGAUGAUUUCUCUUAUCUUCCUCACACUAAAACUCAGCUGGAUGAUUACGUUCGGUCGCUAUCGAAGGUACGUAUUUUACGAGCAUCCGAAAGGCAGGGGUUGAUCCGGGCUAGACUGCUUGGAGCACGAAACUCAACGGCACCGGUCAUCACAUUCCUCGAUGCCCACGUCGAGUGUACAGUUGGUUGGCUGGAGGCCUUGCUGGACUCGGUGGUCCGCAACUGGACCACCAUCGCCAUCCCCACGAUCGAUUGGAUCGACGAACAUGACAUGCAUCUGCGCACGGAGAACGCACCAUCAUAUUACGGAGCGUACGAUUGGGAUCUCAACUUUGGCUGGUGGGGACGCUGGAGCCGGAUUCAUCAACCGAAGGACAAAAUGGAGCCAUUCGAUACGCCAGCGAUGGCUGGCGGACUGUUUUCGAUCAGCAGGGCAUUCUUCGAGCGGCUCGGAUGGUACGACGAAGGGUUCGACAUCUACGGGAUUGAAAAUAUCGAGCUGUCGAUGAAGAGCUGGAUCUGCGGUGGAAAAAUGGUGACAGUUCCCUGCUCAAGGGUCGCACACAUCCAAAAGACCGGUCAUCCGUAUCUGACUCAGACCAAGAAGGAUGUGGUGAGGGCGAACUCGCUGCGUCUAGCCGAAGUGUGGAUGGAUGAGUAUAAGCAGGUGAUUUUCGACAUCUAUGGGAUUCCAAAAUAUCCCGAGGAUGAGCUGGGGGACGUUUCGGCCAGAAAGGAAGUUCGACGAAAAGCGAAAUGCAAAACAUUUCGAUAUUACAUCGAAAAUGCAUUCCCGGAGAUGAGGAACCCUCUUGUGAAAGGCGCUUUCCAUGGAGAGGUUAAAAAUCGAGCCCUGGGCAAUGAGACAUGUCUUCACUACGACGCGACAUCAAACUCGGCUUCGCUGGCUCCCUGCAAUCACAAACAAUCCAAUCAGUAUUGGACGCACAAUUAUUACCAGGAACUGAAUAGCUACAAACACUGUCUGGACUAUACUGGAUCCACAAUCGCCGUGUUCGGAUGCCAUCGGAGCCGAGGGAAUCAAGCCUGGGAACACCUGACGGAAAGUGGUCAAUUGAGAAGCGUAAAGCAUGGUAAAUGCUUGGCAGUGAAUCUCAGCACCAAUAAAACACUGAUUAUGGAAGACUGCAGUGAUAAAAUAAUUUCGCAGAAAUGGUGGGUUACCCUAGUUGAUUUAGAUGUCUCCUUCUUCAAACAGCCUGAAUAGAUAACAGAUAUCACAACGUUCAGCAGUUGUAUUCAUGUGUUUUAUUUCAAUUAUGACAGUGCAGAGAGUAAUUAAUGAUUAAUUGA